UAGAACCGCUUUAUGGCAAACAUAUGCUUGUGUGGCGAAACUUCAUUUGUUGAAAAUGUCAUCAUUAUAAUCACAAAUUGUGAUGUGGAAAUCACGAUAUAGAGGACGUCCAUGAUAUGCCCGUUGACAGAAGAACAUUUUUCCAGUUGAGUCUGCUGGUCCUGGCAGUUCCAACUCAGUUCCUCAUCUCCAAGUACUGGAUUUCGACACAGUCACAGAGAAAUUAUGCAAUCAAGGAUAUUGUAAAAACAGCUGCUGGUUUCAGUGAUAAGUACUUAUCAUGGCAAUCUUGGAAGACCUGGUGUGAGGGCCUCAUAUCGGGCCAAAGUGAUGCUUCCUCCUCCUCGCGAGGCCAGGGUGAAUCGCCCGCUGUGGAUGUAAUCAAACAGAAAGAACCAGAAGGAUAUUUUGCAUCGUCGCCAACGCCAAGAAGUCCCCGUCCAAGCCAUGUCAAGUUCCGAGUUGGCCAGGUGAUUCGUCAUAAAAGAUGGGGUUACAGGGGCAUCAUCAUCGGAUGGGAUGAAACUGCCAAAGCUCCUGAAUCUUGGUUACAACAAAAUCAUCCACCUGGGAAAGGGCAUUGGAGGCAGCAUCCAAACUAUUCUGUGCUAGUUGACACCAGGGACCGCAUGCAGCCACAGACGACCUAUGUUGCUGAAGAAAAUAUGGAUGUUGUCUCCGACACAAAGGUGAUUCAUCCUGAGAUCGAUGACUAUUUUGAAAACUACGACGGUGCCCAGUAUAUUCCUCGGCCAUGGUUAAGGGAGGUCUAUCCUCGGGACUGACGGUGCCUUGAAAUCUGUGAUCUUUUUAUAAAUGAACCUUUUUUCAUAUUGUCUAUCUUUACAAACUGGAAUCUCCACUGAGAUGAUUCAGCAAGUCCUAAAAAAAUGUAUCUAUUGCCAAAAUAAGACAAAGAAGGUAACAAAUUAUGAAUUGGGGAGGGGGAGCUUUCUGAUUGACAGUAAAUUACGGGUUCUAUUAGUUGGCGAUAUUAACACUGCUGGCAUUCCAUACCUCUUGAUUUGUCUACAAUGUGAAGAUGUAUUUUUUGUGGGAACAAGUUUGAAAUCUUCAGAAAAAUCCCACAAAACAAUUAAGUUUUGGGACCAAGACAAUUCCUGUAUUGUACCGCUGAUGCAGCAUCUUCUUAGUUUUGAUCAGCGUUGUCGGUCUUGUCCUGGUAUCGUCUUGAGAUAGUUACGUUCCAUAUCUUGUUAGUUGUGUCUGUCAGAAGCUCCUAUUCUUUGUUAAUUGUUAUUGCCUAUGUCAAUUCCAGAGGUUUAGGGAUGCAAUUCAAGACAAUUGUUAUGCUUAUAUGGAGGUGUACUUUGCAUCGAUGAUCCUUUUUUAUAAGAUUCAAUUCUAGUUGCAUAUACAUUAAUGCAAUUCCUUACUGAAAACUUUUUAUCACUCUUUGAAAUCAGGUCUGAUCACAAUCACUUUACAGGUAAAUCAAGCUUUGUAUGUAAAAUUGAUAUGCCUCAUCUGGCGAACAACUAUUCAGAGCUCAAUACUAUUUUUAUUGUCAUGGGCAUCCUAUGCUACACACCCCUUCCCCUCUCAUAUUGACAAAGGGUAUCAGUCUUUCUUGAACACACUGUCCAGGUGGAGGGCUUAAAGCUUUCAGGUUGCUCAUUAGAAGUUGUCCUGCUAUUCAGGUGGUCAUAAUUGUGCCAGACCAAUGUUAUUUUGCACAGCCAGCUCUGGCUGGCCAGUUUGUCUGCUCACAGAUAGGGGGCAUGUCAGGUAGCUUCCUUCCCAUCAUUAAAGGGACCAUUAUGUCUCAGUUGUAAUAGUUGUGCCAGCACCAACAGGUGGUGCCAGCAUAUACGCUAGCAUAUAUAUUUUUGAUGUUCAUAAUGUAUAAGCCACUGUAAGUAUGCACUGUAGCGAUACAUGUAGUUUUGAUUAUCACGUACACUCAGUCUGGUAAGAUUCUGGUACUCCUCGUGGUGGUGAUGUAAACUGAUUGGCACCAUUUUUGUCGAGACAUUAAUAGUCCCUUUAAAUUCAGCUCAUCGCAGUGUUCCAUCAUGUAGUGAGUGUCCUUAUGUAGAAAAUAAUGAGCCUUUGUGUUGCUGUGGGUAGAGGGUUAAUAUGAUAUUUCAAUUGUCUUGGGUGGAGAAUCUGAAUAAAAAAAGACGUCUGAUAAUUGAUGACUUUAUUCU